AUGGCGCGACCUCCGGCUCCUGCGCUCGAUGUCAUCGCAGCCCGCUCUUCGGCUGCUGGUGCCGGUCCCGACCCCGACACCUCUGCCGCGCCCGCCGCCGCUGCUGCCGCUGCUGAGGAUCCCAACCAGAAUCCCGACCAGCUCUCCGUCCCUGUCGUCGCCGCCGAGGAAUCCAGAGACUCGAGAUCCUCGUCCUCGACAAACUCCCCCGCCCCCGCCGACAACGAGGAGUCAGAUUUCUUCCUCGCCAACAACGACUCCCAGUCCUCGCUCGGCGUCGUCCCCAACCUCCAGGACAUGCAGGUGGCCGACCCGGAAUGCCUCCCCACCGUUGCUGCUCUCCCCAGCGAGAUUCUCAUCAGUAUCUUCUCGCGCAUCAGCGAGCCCAAAGAACUCCUCAACUGUAUGCUGACCUGCAAGAGGUGGGCACGCAAUGUCGUUGAGAUACUCUGGCAUCGCCCCUCCUGCACCACCUGGGAAAAGCACUCUUCCAUUUGCUCCACUCUCGGCCUCGAGCGGCCUUUUUUCACCUACACCGAUUUCAUCAAGCGGCUGAAUCUUGCUGCCCUCGCCGAUGGUGUGAAUGAUGGCAGCGUGCUGCCCCUGGCCGUAUGCACCCGCGUCGAGCGUCUGACCUUAACCAACUGUCGCGGCUUGACCGAUGGUGGCCUGGUCCCCCUCGUCCGCAGUAGCCAAUACCUACUGGCCCUCGACAUCUCGGGUGACAACAACAUCACCGAGGCUUCCAUCAUCGCCAUUGCCGAAAACUGUCGCAAGCUGCAGGGCCUGAACAUAUCAGGCUGCGGGCAUGUUUCCAAUGAAAGUCUAGUCCAAUUGGCCGAGAAUUGUCGGUUUAUCAAACGGCUCAAAUUAAAUGAUUGCAAUCAACUGAACGACACGGCCGUGCUGGCUUUUGCCAAUCACUGUCCCAAUAUCCUCGAAAUAGAUUUGCAUCAAUGUAUUAAUGUCGGCAAUGAGCCUGUCACUGCCCUCCUCGCUAAGGCGCAGUCCUUGCGCGAACUGCGAUUGGCAAACUGCGAACUCGUCGACGACGGUGCUUUCCUUUCGCUCCCGCCCUCGAAAACCUUUGAAAACCUACGCAUUCUCGAUCUCACCUCUUGCUCCCGUCUUACAGACCGGGCUGUUGAGAAAAUCAUCGAGGUCGCCCCGCGGUUACGAAAUCUGGUUCUCGCCAAAUGUAGUAACAUCACCGAUGUGGCCGUUCAUGCCAUUGCUGGUUUGCAGAAGAAUUUGCAUUAUGUGCAUCUGGGUCACUGCCGUCACAUCACCGAUGAUGCUGUGAAGCGCUUGGUACGAAGCUGCAACCGCAUACGAUACAUCGAUUUGGGCUGCUGUACAAACUUGACAGACGAGUCUGUUACCCUCCUGGCUGGCUUGCCUAAGCUCAAGAGAAUCGGGCUUGUGAAAUGCGCCAACAUUACCGAUAAGAGCAUGUACGCACUAGCAACAGCAAACGACCAUCGCUCGCAGUACCGAAAUGCAGGUCAUCCAGGCCACGAUGUUCGUGCCCCCAGCUUAGAACGUGUCCAUCUAAGCUAUUGUACCAACCUAACAUUACCAAGCAUCAUUAAGCUCCUAAAUUGCUGUCCCAAACUAACCCAUUUGAGUCUGACUGGCGUGCCUGCAUUCCUUCGUGAUGAUCUAGAUAGAUUCUGCCGUGAGGCUCCUUCAGAUUUUACAGAACAUCAGCGAGCAGUGUUCUGUGUAUUUUCGGGCAAUGGCGUCGGUGGUCUACGACAACAUCUCAAUACCAGAGAGGAGUUUGCCGAGUACCGAGAGGGACGGGCCCCCCGACGACGAAACGGGGGCGUUACGGUAACGAAUACAGGCCAGGCCCCAGCCCUAGAUGUUGAAGGAUUCGGUGCUGAUGAUGGCGAUGGUCUCGAAGACGAUGACAUGGGUGAUGGUAGUGACCUGAUUGAUUUCAACGCUGAUCUAACCAACCUGGCCCAUAAUCCUCUACCACAGCCACAACUUCACGAUGCCGGGCUACUACAUCCCAACCAAACACCUGGUGCCGGCCUGGCAGCCUCGUCCGCGAGCAAUGCUAUACCAAACACAACAGCUAGUGUGAGCGAGACCCCUAUCAUCGCACAGGAAGCCGCUAUAGCCAUGGGAGGCCCUAGCAUAGCAGUUGGCUCGCAUGUCUCACAUGGGCCAACUACAUCUUCCAUGCAAGCUCAGGAUGGCAGCGAGUCUCAAACAUCAUAA